CUGUGACAAAGACAAACGCCAAAAUUGCCAAACGGAAAAAGAAAGUGGAAACUGGAAUUCUAUUUUGCAUUUGCUGAUUAAAAGUAAAGAAGUUGGACGUCCUAUAUGUUCUUCGCUCUUUUACAAGUGAUAUGUCCUUUAGUUUUUAAUUAUUUCUAAGAAGUGUUACUAAAGUAAUCAUGGCUCUGACGCCGGAUUCCCAACGGCCUUUUCGGCUUUAUGUGACCCAUGUGGAUAGUGAGGCAGGCUUUUUAAAGAUAAGUGGACAGCUUGAUCACCAGGCUUCUCUGAUGAUCGAGAGUCUAUUCAUAUCAGCCCGUGAUAAUUUAGAAAAGGGCAUCGGUGUGGUACCCGCGUCAGCUAUUCAGGAAGGUAUACUUUGUGCCGCCAAAUACAAAGAUGGAAAGUAUUACAGAGCAAAAAUUAUGAACAGCGCGAAUCUCGCUCCCGGCAUGAUCUACGUGCAUUUCAUCGAUUUCGGCAAUAAAGAUAUUAUUUCACUAAGCACCAUACGUUUCCUGGAUUCGUACGAUCCAUUGUUUUUACAGUUGAGCCCACAAGCAACGGAUUAUUAUUUGGCAAGGGUGAUCCAUCCUAUGGGGAGAUGGGAUCAGCACUUGCUGCUCAAAAUGCAAAAUCUUUUGUGCUACUCUGAAUACUCUGCAGCAAUAGAAGCUCACACACGAACAUUACCAAUCAUAUCCAUACAAUUCAAAGGGAGUGAUUGUUCAGCUCAUCUAGUCGCCAAUCAGUACGGAGUGGCAUUACCAAUUCCUAGACAAGAGAUUAUGUUAUUAAACAUGUUAGAAAACCAGGGGCAUUGGUCUCCAACCAUGUUAUUGGAUCCCCCCACUUAUACUGAGCAUGUGCCUUUUCUUAUUAAUCAGAAUUUUCCCAACCCGGCAUCCGCUAUGCGUGUGAGUAAUAAUGUUUCCAUGCAUUACAAUGGUGCAACUGUUCAUGGUGUGAGUCAGAGGUUAGUGGUUAACAAGGCGAAAAAUUUAGUGAACUUGAGGGCUCCAGUGCGUCAGCCCCAACAAGCUCUAACCAAUGUAGUACAGCCUGCAACGCCUCCUCCAACUCCAGUGACAAUGAACAAGGCUGGCUCGCCGAAAAAAGCUACAACCUAUAAGAGUACAUUGCUGGAAGUUAACUCACAGCACAAAGUCUUGGUGACAUAUGCCCAAGAGGGCCCUGAACUGUUUGCAGUUCAAAUGGCUGACGGAGCAAAAUUCCAGGAAAUGAUGGCGGAGAUCAAUAAAAGGCCACAUAGCAGUCUCAAAGAGCCUCCAAUGAUCGGAACAGUGUGUCUCGGCCGAAUGUCUCCCGAUGGAGUAAUUUGCAGAGCUAUCGUGAUGAAUCUAUCUGGAACUAAUUGCAAGCUAUACUUUGUAGACUUUGGAGAAACUGAGAUGGUAUCAUACUAUGAUAUAUUUGAUAUACCAGAGGAAUUUGUUAAGCCUAAUAUAUUUGCGAUGCGGUUUUGUUUAUCUGGUGUAAAGAAGUUGGAGAAGGGUCCACAGCUUAACAAGGCUUUCAAGCAGUUAGUUGUUCACGAUGUGUUGACAUUACGUGUAGUGCCGCCAGAAGGGCCACCUUUGAUUCAAUAUGGAGAACUGUACUUGAACAACCAAAAUGUGUUAGAUAUAUUACUGGCAAAUAAGAAGGAGAAACUUCAAUUUAAAUGGUUGGAUAAGCUACCCCUAGGUACUAGGCAAUCUGUGUUGGUAUCUUAUGUUGACAGUUGUAUUAAGUUUUACGUACAACUGUCGGACAACAUUGAUGACUUGAACACUGUGAUGAAUGCUGUCAAAGCUCACUGUGAGAACAGUAGCUCGCCUGGUGAGCUGGCGGUGGGUGCAGCAUGCUGUGCCAAGUUCCCUGACGAUGCCAACUGGUACAGAGCAAUUGUUAGAGAGACGAGAGGAAACAAAGUGGUGGUCGUCUAUGUUGACUAUGGGAACGAGCAGGAGGUGAACGUAGAAGAUUUGAGGACUAUUACUCCAGAUUUGAUAAAACUUCCAGCUCAAGCCAUGAAAUGUGCAUUAAAGGGCUUUGAGAACAAACCAGUGGAGACAAAGACGUCAAACCAACUUGAAAUGAUAGCACUAGAGAAGACUCUCAUGGCGCAUGUAGUGGGUAUGCUGUCCAAUGACACCAUGAUAGUGACCCUGGUUGAUGACACUGACAUCCCACCUCUGGAUGUGGCCCGGAAGAUGACUCAGCUUUCAAUGCCUAGGAGUGUUGAGCCAAAAGUCACAACACCCAAUCGUAAGGAAGCACCAGAAAACUUCAGUUCUCCAGAAGGCAGUGUUCCAGACGACAGUCGUAAGAAAAGUUUCAGAAGGGAAAAGAGUUUCAAAGAUGACAGGAGGCCUAGAGAUGGAGAAGAUUUAGGACAAAGAGGAAGCAGCUUCCGUGGAAGAGAGCAAAAGGAAAACUUCGAAAGGUCAGCGCCGGGCCGUCACAGUGAGAAGUACGGCUCGAAACCGGAACGCGUUGAACGAGGCGAAAGACGCGGUCCGCCCAGACCAUACGAGAACAACACACCCGUGUCUCCGCCAGCUGACGACGAGUGGGAGGAGUCUCCCGCAGUGCCCGCCGCGCCCCAGCCUAGCUACUCCAGGCCUGCCAGAGACAAUGGGAGAGACAGAAGAAAACCUAAAGUGGACCACACCGAGAAAAAGGGGGCAUGGAAGAAAGAUGGCAGCGGGGUCGGCAAACGGCUUAAACAAGCGGUGGAAGCUGCGUCGAUAGACGUCCAAACGCACCCCCAGCCCGGUGCUCAGCACAAGGGGGCCUCUGUGCAGGAGCGGUUGAAACGUGAUAAUAAAUUCGGUCAACAAGAUGAGGACAAUCAAACCAAUGACCGGGGAAGGCAUUUCAGACAAGACCGAGAGAGGCCUUUCAGACAGGACAAUCGCGGGGAGAGACGCGACAAUUGGGGCGAUAAGAAAGAAGGUUGGAAUCAGAAGCGAGAGUUCCGAGACAAUAGAGCUGAAAGAGGAGGAAGAAAUGACAGAGGAGGAUACAGAAGUAACUUCACGCCUAGAGACCGCGCAGACAAGUUGGACAGAUCCCAGAAUUCCGACUCCGACAAAAGGUCCGAAAGGAGUUUCCAUAGCGGCGACAAAUUUAAUCGCCCGUACAAGAGCCGAAGUCAAUUCACUCAGGUUCAACAUAAGGAACUAUCAGACCCGAUACCGUUUGAGACACCCUUUUCAGAACCUACGAUCGAGCUAGGAUCCCAACAGGAAGUGUCGAUAACCUGGAUCGUGUCCCCGGAAAAUUUCCACACACAAAUUUUGUCGCUGCAGCCGAAGUUCAUUGAAAUGAUGCACAAAAUCCCUGAACUCUACAAAGGAGUUAAGCCUUACUCUGCCGACAUCCCAGUGGGAUCUUCGGUUUUGGCGCGGUAUCCAGCGGACGGAGUUUUAUACAGAGCUACCGUGGAAUCGGUGCAACCGUUCUCCAAAUUCAUUGUCCGUUACGUAGACUAUGGGAAUAGACAAUUGGUGGAAGCGAAAGAUAUAUGGCAAAUAGAGAGAGAACUGAUGGAGAUUCCGAAAAUGGCGGUCCACUGUUCUCUGACCGGCGUAGCGCCCAAGGAAGGCAAGUGGAAGGCUGACCCUGAAAUAGACCUCUGCUUCAACGCACCACGUUACCAGUGUAUAUUCCAAGAUUAUGUUGAAAACCAAUACAGAGUCUCGUUGUGGAAUAACGGUGUAAGCACAGCCGAUCUGUUAGUCGAGAAAGAAUUAGCCACCAUGUCCGAGCCUCAGUCGUCAGUCACAUUAAAAGAUGAAGCGAUCGACCUGACCAUCAUAGUGGGUCAACAGAUACUGUGCCGCGUGACGUACGUGGAGUCGUACGAGAAGUUCUAUGUACAGUUGGAUCUGGACAAAGCUGAUCUGGUAGAAAGUGCCAUCGCCAACUUUGAUUUUACGAAGUUAACGCCUCUGAGCGCAGACAGUCUCGCAGAGGGAGUGCACUGCACAGUGAAACACGAGGGCAAAAUAUAUCGCGCCAUACUGAACGACGUGUCCGACACGCGCAACGUGUGCGUGGUGUUACCAGACUAUGGCAACGACAUUACCACUUCCAUUGACAAUUUGAUGAUACUCCCCACGGAACUGAGCGUGUACUACUACCAGUCGUUGCACUGCCGACUGAACAACUACAGCGCCGACUGCACAGUGCUGAUGCCCCUCGACCAGCUCAAGGGCGCGCUCACUGGCAACAAGUUCAUCGUAUAUGUCAACGAUGUUGAUGAAAUUGUAUUGGUGUCAACCCUGUACGACCCGGUGACCGGUCAGAAGGUGGCAGUGUUCGAGCCGGACGAGGGCGCCUACGACGAGGUGGUGCCGUUCUGUACGCGCGCCGUGUUCAACUACAACUUCGGCAACGCGUACGUGUCGCACGUCGAGAACCUCAACGAGUUCUAUCUGCAGAAGUCCGAGGACGGCGACCGAUUGGGUCUUCUGUUGGAGCAAUUGUACAGCUUCUAUGAAGAAGGUACUCCAGAACCGUUGGCUGAGUUUGAAGCUGAUACGUUAUGUGCAGCCAAGUCUUCUGACGGCAACUGGUACAGAGCAACAAUUUUAAGCUGCACAGGAGAUGAAGUCAAGGUGCAUUUCUCAGAUUACGGCAAUUCUGAAACCGUGGGCAAGGAUGCUAUCAAAAAGCUCGAUCCCAAGUUCUUGGAGCCGUGUUCUUUGGCUCUCGUAGCCAGCUUAGGACUCCUGGCUUUGCAGGAGGAUGCUGUCGCUAAACUGUUAGAAUGGACCACAGAGAAGGAGGUACAAGUGACCCUCGCUUUCGGCACCGACGGAUGGCUGGCCAACCUCCAUUUAGAUGGCGUCAGUCUAUCUGAUAAACUUGUUAACGCAAAGUUAGCAGCUCCUCAAGUCGUCUCAGAGGAAGUUGUGGAGGAACACAAACCUGAGGAUGAAGCUCCCGUCGAAGAGCCUAUUUCAUUGCCAGACGGCUGCUCUCAAGUAUAUAUAAGCCAUAUUGAUAGUCCUGGACAGUUUUGGCUGCAAAUGCUGGAUAAGAUCGACAAGGUCGACGAAAUUCAAGCCGAACUGCAAACAAACUCGGAAAGUUACCCCGAUAUUGAAACAUGCGAAAUGGGCACCCUGUGUGUUGCCAAAUAUUCAGUUGAUGACCAGUGGUACCGUGCAGAGAUUCUGGACUCGGACACCGAUAUCAUAACGAUACGCUUCUUAGAUUAUGGCAACACCGAUGUUUUAGACAACCAACCGGGAUUGAUAAAAGCCGUUCCGGACCAUUUGAAGGAUGUCGAACGGUACGCGAUAAAGGCCAGCGUGAAUGCCAUACCGACCGGCACCGGACAGUGGUCAGAGCCCGCUUCAGACUACUUCACACAACUCGUAGGUGAUUUAUCAACACCUGUGGAUGCUCUAAUCGUCCUCAAAGACGUGACGACCUACGUUGACAUUUUUGUAAAUGGCCAAAAUUUAACAGACAAAUUAGUCUCAGAGGGCCACGCGACCAGAUCUGAGGAGAGCGAAUGCGGAAGCUACCCAUCCUGUUUCGCAAGUCACGUCAACUCGCCUUCUGAGUUUUGGAUUCAACUCGAAAGUGCAGCUCCGGAGUUGCAAUCGAUGGAGACCGCUAUGGACGACGCCGAGAAUUUCCCCGAACUCCACUCGAAGGAAGAAGGCGUGCUCUGUGCCGCCAAGUAUCCUGAAGACGGGGCAUGGUACCGCGCGCAAGUGAUCGUAGACGGAUCUGAGGGCACAGAAGUUCUCUUCAUGGAUUACGGAAACGCUUCGAUCGUGAGCGAGUUGCGUAGCCUUCCUGAAGAACUCCAAUCUAAACCAGCCCUUUCUAGGAAAUGCGCUUUACAGAAGCCUCCCAACGUCAAGGCUUGGUCUCGAAAAUCAGAAGUGAAGUUUAACGAAUUAGCGGCUGAGGGAGCGACGAUAUUCAACGUUCAGUUCAUCGCGGCUGGAGAUAUUUCUAUCGUCGACCUCUUCCUCGAAGGGAAAUCUGUUUCUGAUGAACUGGCCGCUCUGUGCGAGGAACACCCGGCGUCCGAGAGGCCGACUCCUGUCGGUCAAGAUUUGCACAGUAGCGGUAAAAUUUGCUAUAUCAAUUCCUUAGAAGAGUUUUACGUGCAACUUGACGACUCUUUGGCGAACCUUGAUAUUGUUAAUGAAAAAUUAAAUGGUGCUGAAGAUUUCGAGACAGUAGGCGACCUGAAAGUGGGUUCUGUUUGUGCCGCUUUAUGGAACGAAGACGAAAGAUGGUAUAGAUGUAAAAUAUUAGAAUUUUGUGAUGUCGGCUAUCACGUUCAGUUUAUAGAUUACGGAAAUAAAGCCAAAUGCGAUGAAUUCAGACAAUUACCAGAAGACAUAGCAGGGAUAGAACCCCUUGCCAAGUGCUGCCGCCUCUCUGGUUUUGCAGAAGACGCAACGAAUGAAUCUGCAAAAUCCAAACUAGAAGAUUUAGAAGCGGAACUAGUUACAUUCCAAAUUGAAUUUUUAGAUAGCUUAAAGGAGCCUUCGCUAGUUAGGUUAUUACUAAAUGGAACGGAUAUAAGUUGCAUCUUAAAAUCAGAAUCGCCAGAACCAAAUGCAGAAAGUGAAAAUGUAGUUCAACAAAAAGAACAGGCAGAAGAAAUCACAGUCGAACAAAAAGAAAAAGUUGAUGAGGAAAUUAUAGUUGAACAAAAUGAAAAAGCUAAAGAAGAAAUUAUAGUUGAACAAAAAGAAAAAGUCAACGAAGAAAUUAGAGUUGAACAAAAAGAAAAUGUUAAAGAAGAAGGUGUAGUAGAACAAAAAGAAAAAAAUAAAGACGAAAUUAUAGUUGAACAAAAAGACAAUGUUCAAAAAGAAAGUACGCUUCAACAAAAAGAAGAAGUUAACGCAGAACAACCACAAAUUGAAGAAGACUUCCUAGAUGCAGAAAAUAUUGGAGAUGCAAAUGAUUUAAAUUCAUCCAAUAACGACUUGAACGAUAGUACAGGUAGUACUAAUACAGUAGUAGAACAGACACUUGAGCAGAAAGACAUUUCAACAAGUGAAAUUACCUCAGACGAAACACAAAAGGCAGUUGAUGAGAGUGAAGUAUCGAAAAAAGAUUCUCCAGAAUCCGUAACAACUCUGAAAAAAGCGUCGAAGAUAACAGAAACCGUAACAACUAAUGAUGAAAGUAAAACAUCAGAGAAAGAAUCUCCUGAAACAUCACCAGUCUCUGCUACAUUAGACGAAGCAGAAGCGCUUGAUAAUAAAACACCUUCUACACCUGACAAUGAUCUCUCAACAGAAACCCUUCAAAGUUCAAUUGACUCGUGCAAAAUAGACAAAGAAGAGUCAAAAGAAUCGUUAAAUACAGACACAGGCUAUGCCAGUGAAAGCAGUAACGAAAAAUCUACUAAAGAACCAGUGUCUCCAGACAAAAAAGCAGAGCCUCUGGAUAAUAAACCUACAACAGUAGAAUAAGUUAUUGACAAAUAAAACAGACUUUAAAAUGUUUAACAUGUGGUGUUUAAUAUAAUUAUCUCGAAAAGUGAUUUAAGACUCGUUACUUAUGGGUGUGAUGGUAGAUAAGCAAUAAAUUCUAUAAAAAAAAAAAGCUAUAGACAUUAUCUGCUUCAUAGAAGUAGCAGUCAUUUUUAAUUGUUGUAUCGCCGCCCAUCUGUAUUUGAAAAUUUUUAAUUUUUUUUUACUUGUGAUAAUUUUUCUCGUUAAAUAUUUUCAUAACUUUAUGUUUAAUUUGAUUAUAUUAUGGUACUUUUAUCCUUGAUUUGAGAUUUUACAUCUUCGAGUUGUGUAAAAUUGACAAUGACAGUGUAAAAUGUACCCUUUACAAUGUAAAGUUUACCUUUUUUGUUUCCAUUUUUUAGUUUUAAGUUCUACAGACAAUUUUAGUAUGUUUGUAAAAUAAGUUACGUUGAAAACUUGUUGUCUACACCAGACUGGAUUUCUGUUGUAAUAUUAAAUUGUUGUAUUCAG